UCUCUGAUUUCUAUUUUUUCUUUUUUUUACCUAAAAUAAGGGGAGAGUGAGUCCCCCGGGCCCCUCCCCUAGAUCCGGCACUGAGUUCUCUUCUUUUGUUCUAGUAAACGCAUUUCGAGUGACUCUUGGAGAACUGGCUACAGCGUUCGGGCACCCACCGACAUCGUUGUGAAAUUAAAUGACGAUUUUGAUGUUACUGAUCAAUCCACAUAUUAAGUUAUGCUUCAACAAACCUUCUAACAGAACCCAGCACUACUAAUACGAGAGCAGUUACAUGUAAAUUGGUUGACAAUUUUAGUUGUUGAACUUCAUUGCUCAAAAUAGAACUUUAACUACAUUGUAUCAUUGAGCUUGAACAUAAAAUUAAAACUUUGUACGUCCGCUGAUGUUCUACUGUUUUCUUUUUUUAAUGUGGUUAUGUAUCCGCUGUAAGACUGAUCAAAACGAUGAGUUCAGUCCAAGAGUAUAGACCCUUUUAAUAAAUCGCCCCUGAAUUUAAUUAUACAUUCUAAGCUGAAUAUUGAAUGUUCCUCCUGUCUCAAUGUUUCUUGCUAAGACUGUUGAUAAGCCUGUAGUCUUACUCACGAGAUCUCUUGUAAUUGCUUUUUGUCCUCUCGGGAUAACUUUCUCAAUGGCCUCAGCUAUGAACUCAAUAAACUGCCAUGUUGGUUUUCACUCUCCGAACCAUAACUGGGAAUCUGGUUUCGAUCUAAAGAUAAUAAGUUAGCUUUUAUUCAGGCGUUUGCUAGAAAAAACGUCUGCUACAUGUGUAAACGUCUUUAAUCGACAUGCGCUUCAUUUCUCUUGAACCACAUUUGCAUAAGGAAGUACUAGGGCGGCUUUCAAUUCCACGCUUUUAAUCCUAUCUCAAAAAUAGACGCUUUUGUUCUUGCGGGUUCGUACAUGCAGUUAUGCAUCAAUAAACAUCUAGUUUUUACUGGCUUGGUGUCAACUUGAGUGAGCUGAUUUGAUGGAGGUUUUAGAAUAGCGUGCGACUAAAUAAACUAAAGCGAUUGACGCAGACAUUUAUCAUGUCUUAUCUUUCAAUGUCUUACAGUUUAAAACAAUGUCUUGCAAUUGACGCGAGAUAAAACUGUAAACAGGAAGUUUUAAGGCCUGUUCAAGGUCAGUGGAGUUCGAAACUGUUUAUCAUUCGAAAACAGUCAAGAUUGGUGUCAAUUUGAGUGAGCUGAUAUGAUAUUUACGCAUCGUCAGUGCCGGGGUGAAUAUGAUUUUUUUCAAUUUUCAGAGCUAGUAAGGUUUUAGAAUAGCGUGCGACAAACGUAAAGCGAUUGACGCAGACAUUUAUCUUGUCUAAUAAUUCAAUGUCUUACAUUUUAAACAAUGUCUUGAUAUUGGGGCGACAUAAAACUGUAAACAGGAAGUUUUAAGGCCUGUUCAAGGUCAGUGGAGCUCGAAACGGUUUAUCAUUGGGAAAACGGCCAAGAUUGGUUGAUAAUUUUAGUACUUAAAGUUCAUUGGUUAUCAUUCAAGAAAGCGAGGACACUAAAUCAUAACAUUUGCACACCUGCCAAUACUAGUUAAAGUGUGCUUAUUUGUCCGCCAAAGAAUUGUAUAGUUUUCGUAAAUUUGACUGCAUACAGAAUGGAAAAUGACGACCGUUUCAAGUCGUCUGCCAUUAGUACUCAACAGGAACAUGGAUUGGAUAUCAAAUGCAUAUCCCUUGAUAGCAGCCUGGUUCCAUCUAAGUUCGACGACUCCAAGCUUUCGCCAAGCCAAGCCAAGCAAUUGAUUGACAAAUACGCCUUUCGUACCAAGUUUCACAUCGAUGAGCUAAGGAAGCAGAACAGCGCUAAAGUGAAGAAACCUCCAGUACUCCCUGUGUCAAAACAAGUAGUUAAUGCUGUAGGAUCCGAGGAGGCAAUUUAUUCCAUUGGAGAUUGUGGUUUGUUUGCCGCCGUUUUGACGGCAUACAAUAAUCACUGGAAACUUCGAACCUCUCCAGAUGACUGGUGGUUCUGUGUCAUUAAACGAGUCGCCUCUGCCAUCGACAGAAACGCCAAAAAAGAGUCCGUUCGUAAGAUGUUCGUUGAUCACGAAGGAAAGAAAACCAUCGAGGUAGUAGUGCCCGAUACAAGCAUCUAUACUGUCGACUACAGCUGGUUCUUUGAUCAAAUAUCGAAGGGAGUACAAGAGAACAUCAGAGUGCCUGAGUUCGUGGAUGGCAUGACAGCAGAUUUCAGCACCACAACUGCAGUGCAGAAGAUUGUUUCGCAGAUCACAAUGAUGACUUCAGUCCAAGAGUAUUUCAGCUUUGGUAUGAAGUGUGGAUGUGGAAUCCCUGCAGUAGAGAUGCUAGGUACUGAAGACGACUGGAGCAAAUUAAAAUCCAAACUGAAGGUACUGCGGACACUGCUGGAGCCCAUUGAGAAUGAUCUCGAUUUGCCGUCAGAGUGGUGGGAUGUUGUCGAAAAAGUUUUCAGCAACCUGCUGGCUACUUACAAGGGCAGCGCGGUUAGCGAAUGGUGGAGCCAUAUUAUGAGCUACGAAAAUGUGUACGCAUCAGGUAUGUAUUUCGUCCCUGGCGAGUACCAUUAUAGAGGAUGGAUCACCGAGUUUUUGGAGGGAAAAAAACGUGCCAUGGAUAUCGAUGAGAUGACAAGUGGCCUGGUAAGUGUGCCAAUCGACCUCAAAAACCCGUCUGGUGUGAAAGACACUGCCGCUGUUGUGGCAGGAAUGCUGGGCUUCACUCUUUACACUGACGAUAACAAGAAGGUGUCUGUUCAGCCAUUCCAAGGCUGGUCUCUUCUGCUCGCCAGUGACUCACCUUUUCGCGAAUAUGGUGAGUCCUAAAUAAAAGCGUCGGAAGCUUUCUGAUUGGCAAUAUUAUUCUGGACAUGGUGAAUCAUCUGUUUGAGCUAUAUAUAUAUAUAUAGAAAGUAGUUUAUAUACAAAAAGCCGCUCUGCAAUUGUUUUCUAAGGCUUGAUUUAUGAGGUAUUGUGCAAGAUUUAUGAGAAAUAAUAGAUGUAUGAUUCUUGAUUUGUGAGAAAUACUUUCCACUUUGUUAUGUAUCAUAACUAAUUGAUGUGUAAGACAAUUUCCGUUGAUAAUUCAUGUUAACUUUUUAUCCAAAUGCAACAUUAGAGCCUUCGGAAACAAACAGGCUUCGUAGUUUCGAUGACGCAAACUCAUUGGCUUCGACCUUUCAAACCAGACUUUGCCGGUAAGAGGUUAUCAAAAAGCGUGAAGCUGAAAAAAGUACUUAAUAGUGUUUAUUCGCCUUCAAAGAACCUUAUUUCUAAAUUAGCUACGACGUUCAUUGUGAAAGAAACAUCGUUUAUAGACGUUCAGCUUAAAUAUGGACAGUGGCUAUUUUGCCAGGAGAACUGUAUAGCAACUCAGUUUGUUAAAAGAAUCAAACAAAUGCUACGUAACUAUUCUUCUUGCUGUUUUUAUUACAUGCUUUGAGCUGUGAAGGAUUUUAAAAAUUAAAUUUUGUCACUUGGGUUGUGAUAGUGUAUUACCAUUUGAUAAGCCAUGGGUAUUUAUGUUUCUCUGCUUCCCACGCUUUUGCAAUCUACCGUGUACUUGUCCUGUGUUAUUUAUUACCUUGGUAUCAUCACUAUGCCAUUAUAAUUUCAUCAGUCUUGGUACCCCCGACAUAAUGUUUUCAAAAGCUACAGCUGUGAAGCUGACAGAAUGCUUUUUGCACUCCCAGGUGAUGCUGCUAAGCUAACUAAAUUCUAGUUUUAACAGCUUUUUAUUUUCAGAUUUCCAGAAUUCCAGUUUGUUGUUAUUAUUCAGGCAGUUGUUGAGUAACGAAGGGACCCAUAGUAUAUAAAUUAUCACAAUGUAGAAGACCUUAGGCGACUAGCCACUCAGUCUAAAGCGACGAUUAAAGUCUUAUUGAUCUUAGUGAUAAGAUCAGAUGAUCA